UACUACUCUGAGUACUCUCCUUUGGUGUACUACUCUCAUCGUACUGCCGCAGCUUGUAAACCAAACUCCACUGCUCACCGAAUCACAAUCCGACGAUCCGUUCCCCACACCAUUUUUACUCAUUCGCAAAGACAAACAUCAGAUUACAGUUUCUGCAAAUUCUCUUUCGUCUGCCUUCUUUUCUCGCCAAAGUUUUCCGGUGAGCUCAAGCCAUAACUUCGAAUCUGGAAAGAUGGAGAAAGUAGCACUUGAGCUAAAGCCUCCACCAUAUCCACUGGAUGCACUGGAGCCUCAUAUGAGUCGCCAAACAUUUGAAUACCACUGGGGAAAACAUCACAGGGCUUAUGUCGACAACUUAAACAAGCAGAUCGUAGGAACCGAACUGGAUGGGGUAUCAUUAGAAGACAUUGUAUUGGCCACAUACAACAAUGGUGAUUUUCUUCCUGCAUUCAACAAUGCUGCACAGGCUUGGAAUCAUACUUUCUUCUGGGAGUCUAUGAAACCGGGUGGGGGAGGGGAGCCAUCAGGUGAACUUCUCGAGCUAAUCAAUAGAGAUUUCGGUUCGUUUGAGACAUUUAUGAAGGAGUUCAAGGCUGCUGCGGCAACACAAUUUGGCUCUGGCUGGGCAUGGCUUGCAUACAAGGCCAACAAACUUAAUGUGGGAAAUCCCGACGAAGACAAGAAGCUUGUAAUUGUUAAAACUCCCAAUGCUGUAAACCCUCUUGUCUUGGAUUACUCUCCACUCCUAACAAUAGAUGUUUGGGAGCAUGCUUACUACCUAGACUACCAGAAUCGACGCCCCGACUACAUUUCUAUUUUUAUGGAGAACCUUGUAUCGUGGGAAGCAGUCAGCGCUCGCUUAGAGGCAGCAAAGGCUUCAGAAGAGAUAAGAAGAGGGUGAACAAAGAAGCACUGACCCUAGUGAGGUGUAUGCUGAAAGUGAAACAAAAUUCUGAAGCUGAAUCUGAAUGAUUUUUUGUUCUCUUUCAGUAACAGAUAUAAUGCUUUUUCUGUUUUGUUUUUUUUUUGGAAUCUGAUGCCAAGGUGGUUGUGCAAGGCUUUGUCUCAAACUAUGGUUUUUCUUUGCUUUUGUCAUAUAUCUGAUGAGUAGGUUUACUCAGAUUGGUAUAUCUUUUAUUAAACGUUCAGUGAAUAAGGCUGUUCAUUUGUUAGCAGCUAGAGAGUCUGUUUCUACUUAAGGAGUGAGUCUCUUCCCCUCUUGUUGUUUGUAAUGUUCUGAUUGAUGAUAUGAAUAAAAAUCGUUUUCGUUUGUUUAAAAAAAA